UACUGCCACGACAGAAGAGGAAGACAUAUCCCUUGAAAUUCAACUACAAAUAAUAGAAAACUUUUUUGAAAAGAAUACAAAUUGGUUAUUGAUCAAGUUUCUUAAUUAUAGAGCGAAAGAUGAUGAGUUUACUUACGAUAAAAGAAAGGAGCAUUUGUUGUAUAAGAGUGUUCUAAGCCUAUUAUCUAAGGAUUAUGCACAAGCUCAAAAAUAUCUCUCUAGUUUUGAAGCAUAUGCUAUUGCCAUAACGCAACUGGAUGCUUACGUACCAACUAGUUAUCAGACUUCAUGUCAUGUUAUGAAUGAGAAGACUUCCGAAGUUGUAAACAUUUUUUGGAACUCAAUUGACAAAAAACUCUGUGAUUCCAAAAUUGAACAUGUAGAAACUAAUUACGACCUGGGCAUUGCUACCGAAGUGACUCAACAAAUGGAAACAUAUAUAAAAUCAUCAACUACCAGAGUUACAAAGCGUUUUUCAAACAGCUGUCAAACAAAUCCUUUGAAACACUUAGCACAGGUCAGCACUUGCUAUUAUUAUAGAAGAGACUAUUCUGAAUCAAUUUCUAAUUCAUCUGAAGAAGAGGACCAUGUUGAUGAUGAAACCCAUAAGAGAUCAAAGAGAAAAGUUGGUAAUGAUUCUGAAGGCCUACAAGAGUCAAUGGAAGAUGAUUUAUAUUUCGUUUCAGAACAUGUUCCAUGUUUUGGGCUGGACUUUAAUGAAGUUUUAAAUCAUCAUGUUAACCGAGAAAUUUUAGAAAUUUAUAAUAAUGCGAAGCAAUGUGAUCCCAUCAAAAUGGGGGUAAUAAACCUUGAAGAUAUUAAAAAAAAUCAAACAAGACCAUUUAAAGUGAUAUCAGAAAUAUUUAAGAAAGACUUCAGAAAUAAUGAUAUCAAUUCAAAGGUGAAGAUGAUGCUAAGAGAAAUAGGAGAUAUUUCAGAUAUUUCUGACGCAAAAGACUUUCUAUCUAAAUACAUCCAAGAAUUGUUAUCAUUUAACUUUGAUACAGCUUAG